CUUUUUUAACCUACUGUACAGACGUCUCCUCUAAGGCUUUCAUCCUUUCAGUCACUCGCUAUUCUUAUAGGAUAUUACUUGCAACGAUGAAGUUCUCCUCCUUCGCUACCUUGGCUGCGGCCGCCCUUCCUCUCGCAUCUGCUUACUGGAAGGGUGUUAAUGUUGGUGCAAACAACCCGGAUGGCAGCUGCAAAUCGCAGGAUGACUGGGAGCGGGCGUUCAACGACCUUCAGAGCGUACCACAAUACUUCACGAGCGUUCGCCUUUACGCCACCAGCGAUUGCGGAACCCUAGCCAACGCUGUCCCUGCAGCCUUGAACACUGGUACCCAGAUCUUGGUUGGCGUUUGGACAGAGGAUGCGGGUCAUUACGCGGCGGAGAAGCAGGCCCUGAUUGACGCCAUCAACGCCCAUGGCAGCGACUGGAUUCUCGCUAUCUCCGUUGGGUCGGAAGAUCUCUACCGUGGCGACACCGACGCUGGUACACUCGCGCAGCAGAUCUACGAUGUUAGGGGCAUGGUCAACGCCAUGGGCGUUUACACUGAGGUCGGCCACGUCGACACCUGGACCGCAUGGGUGGACAACGCCAACACAGAUGUUAUCGUCGCUUCUGACUUCAUUGGCAUGGACGGUUACCCGUACUUCCAAUCCAGCGAUAUUAGCAGCGCCUACGACACCUUCUGGCAAUCCGUGGAUGCAACCCGUAACCAGGUCAACGCCAUCAGCCCUGGCAAGUGGGUCUGGGUGACCGAGACCGGCUGGCCAGUCUCUGGACCAGACUAUGGUGCUGCCCAGCCUUCUCAGGCCAAUGCUCAGGCUUACUGGAAGAGUGUUGGUUGCUCCGCCAUUGAAUCUGUCCACUUGUUCUGGUACUGCUACCAGGACUCGCCUGCCUCGCCUUCGUUCGGCCUGUGGGAUGCGAACCGAGACUGGACCAUCGACGUCUCGUGCUAAACGGGAGGCGACUAGGUUCUUCAAGAACUGAACCCCAAGCUCAGAAAGCAACGGUAACACAAAAGCGAGCACGGAGCAUCGCCUUUGACUUCAUUACGCUCCUUUGGAAAUAGAAGUUCAUAUACAUGAAGCUGUAAUGCCCGAUAUACUCCUUCACGCUUUCCCACCGUUUCUGCUGUGACGAGGAAUACCUGAUCUGUGCGCGCUAGUUUCUGAUUCAGAUGAUGGGUUGAGUGUGUCGGCAGUGAUCAGUCGAACGUUGUACAAUUGCAUGAAAAACAUGCUAGCAGUUUCGAGGAGUAAUGUCUCAAAUGUUCUACCCUCCUGCGGUCGUCCGCAGUGAAAAGACAGGUAGUGAACAUACGCUCAUCAUAACCGCUGGGGUAAG